UGCAAUUAAUACGCCUAGCAUUCGCAUGUAGUAUUCAGAACCCUCGCCCAUCCCCUGCGAUUAUAAAUCUCGCAUCCAUCUUCCUGUCGGAGAUCGCCACUUACAGUGGACCUGCUAUACAUACCGGCCCAUAGCCAUUCGACUGGAGAAGCAUGCCUCGACCAAAGAAGCCCGGUGUUGAGACAAAGAGGAGAUCGCGCAACGGCUGCUGGCCCUGCAAGGCGCGCAAAGUCAAGUGUGGGGAAGAGAAACCACAAUGCGGCAACUGUGAACGCCAAGGCGAGAAAUGCGACUACAGUAUCAGACUCAACUGGGGAGGACGCACCAGGCGGGAAAAGAUUGGUACAGGUUCCGAAGCCUCAAGCGCAGCUUCGGGCUCGGGCAGCCCGUAUCAGUCGACCUUCUCAUUCGAAGUGGAAGCCUCACCCUUGUUCCCAUCCACUCCAGAACCGCCAGUGCGUCCACAGCAUGCACGCUCAUCUUCAAACAUUUCCCCCCCUACAUCUUCCCAAUUCCUGAUGGAUCCGGAGCUCAUGCAAAUGAACCAUACGCAAGCAACCCCAUCCGUAACCAGUGCUGGUUUAUUCGACCAGACCUCUUACUUUUCGAGUACGAAUAGGCUGCCUACGUCGGCGCCAUCUGCUCAAACUCAUUUUCGGGGCACAUUCGAUUACCCCCCACACUCGGCAGCUGGCUUCGAAACUUUUGCUUAUAGCAAUGCUGGCUUCACUCCCACAAACGCGGAGAUGCCUCCACCCCGAGCAUCUUUAGACUCCUUACCCAAGCGGCAUAAGUCUAGCUACUCGAUGGAAUCGCCUGCGACGACAACGUUAGAUACGUAUUCGCCAAACACAGGUCCGCCAUCACCCUAUAGCCCCUAUCCUUAUGUGGCAAUGCCGUUGACACCCAACUCUUCAGUUGGUUCCGAAGAAGCCGUUCUGCGGACUGCAUCAAAGCAAUCCUCUUCCUCGGUGUAUUCUCCACCAGAUCUACGCCGCGUGUCAGUACAAUCGCUGAUUAAUGGAUUGCCUGGCGAUAAUGCCCUUCGGUAUAGCCCCGAAGUUGAGCAUGGAAGGCAAUAUCCGAUUGCUGAUUCUGCCUCGACUACGUAUGGCUACGAUCGAGGCCUCCCUGAUCUGGACACGCCAAGCAACGAUGACUUCUCUGCUAUAGCUAUCUUCAGUCCGCAAAGCGGCACCAUGGAUCUGGAUGACGAUACACCAUAUGGCAGCGCAGACCCUCGAGGCAAGGACAUGGCGUUCGAAAGCGGAGGGUAUUAUGCAAAACCCGUAGCGAUUAGAAUCUCAAAGUCCCUGGAACCACUACCACCGCUGCUCGUGGAAAAUCAAAUGAACCUCCUUUAUUUUCAUCAUUUUCUGAACCACACUGCACGGAUUCUGGUCCCUCAUGAUUGCGAGAGGAACCCCUUCCGGCAGGUCUUGCCAGAGAUGGCCGUCCGUGACGAGAAUAUCAUGUACCUCCUCCUUGCUUAUAGCGCUGCUCACCGCGCACGCAUGCUCAAUCAUCCUGAACCUUCAAACCGCAUUGCCGUUUGGGUACAGGAUGUGUUCCCCAAGUUGCGCCAAACGCUGAUCGACAACCCGGAGGACGUUUCCGACAACACCCUGGCGGCCGUUAUUAUGAUGGCGAGUCUCGAGAUCAUCUCAUCCGGAACGUUCGAGGUACCAAUCUCUUGGCAAAACCAUUUGACUAUGGCACGUCAGAUGAUCCUGGCUCGAGGUGAAUCAAGAGGUAUGGCUCGUCAAGAUCGCGUCGCUUACUUCCUUUCCCGGUGGUUUGCCUAUCUCGAUGUCCUCGGCUCCCUCAGUGGUGGCAAAAAUGAUGUGCCGCUGGGCUCCUUCUACUGGUCGAGCGAGAACGCGACCGCCGAUGAAGAGUUUGAAAUCGACUGCCUUAUGGGCUUUACGACUCGCUGCUUCGGUAGCUUAGCCCGAAUUUCCGAGCUGGCUAAACUCUGCGAAUCGCAGCGCAUUGAUGAUGAGGGCAACGUACGCGAGGACUGGGCCCCUAACUCAGAGGUGGUCAAGCAAGCCGUGCAGAUACAACAAGAGCUAGAAGAGGGUCUUUUGGAUCGCAACAUUCGCAAGGGAUGCAAUCAUCGAGCUAGUGCCGCUUCUGAAUCCGAGGGUACUUGGGAUGCCACCGAGAUAUAUGCUACCAAUGAGAUGUUCCAUUGGGCUGGUCUGAUACACCUCUACCGCCGCGUACUAGGUAAGCCCGCAUUGGACAUUGAGGUCCAAUACGCGGUGCGCGAGAUUGUAGGUCUGCUCUACAAGAUCCGUAGGGGUAGUACAGCAGAGGCUUGUCUUCUCUUCCCCAUGUUUGCAGCAGGAUGCGAUGCGCAAGACGAAGGGCAGAGGGAGAAAAUCAUGGAUCGAUUGAGGGGGGUGGAGGGAUUCGGAUUGAACCACGUCCCAAAGAUCAGUAUCCUCGUGCAGAGUGUCUGGGAUACCGGAAAGCCCUGGGAGUCGCUUGUUUCGGGCGAGUUCUUUGGCUGAGGAGCAACAGCUAGAAGUAGCCGAAGGCCAACUGAUAAUACCUAUCAACAUAACAUCGCCUUAUAGCAUCAGGCGAUCUUUCCAGAUGCACCACAAGCUCGCAGCACGAGCCAAAGCAACGAAGACACCGUGGCUAGCUG